AUGGUCCUAGUUCAAGAGACCCAGAAGCAGCUGAGCUUUCCGGAGACGGACUGGAAAUACCAUUCUUCGGCAAUUGAUGAGCUUGCGACGGCUGUGGAGGCGCUGGGUCCCUCUACAAGUCGCAAAGAUGCUGCCAGACUGCUUCUGAGUCUCUCGGGCAAAAUCAGCGCGCUAUUAGUCUCACACCGGUCGAAGCUGGUAAAGGACACAUGUGAAGGUCUGCUGAGAAUCGUCCAGGAAAUAGGUCGAGACUUCCAGGACAUGGCCAAUGCUUUACUGCCCCAGAUCGUUUGCACCGCGAAGAACUCAUCGGCAGCCAUCCGACAACCAGGAUCCAAGCUGCUGUGCAAGAUGUCGGAGGUCGUGCGGUACGACCUGUCGCUCUUGAAGAAGAUAUACAUGCCUUUGAUGCAUGCUAAGGCUAGUGUGCUCGUGCUGGAGCAAUUGGGGAUCAUGUUUGUCUACUGGACUGAUAGCGAAGUGUUGCCAUUCGAGUCGGACGUGCUGGCCAUAAUUCAACGAGGACUGGAAGAUCAAAACGAAAAAGUCCGCAAGACGGCGCGUGAGGUUCUUGCGAGAUUCUCGUCGCGAUGGAGUGAGCGUGUGGAGGACCUUGUGGAAAUACCGUCCAGCCAAGCUAAAGCACUGAUUGUCAGUGAGCAUCGUGACUCGCCACUAGCUGAAGCGAUCUUGAAGGAAUACCCAGAAUUGGACAAGUCCGACUCGUUAUUGCGCAGCAGAUCAUCUUUUACGCAGUCGCGUGCCAGUUCCCGCAAGUCUCCUCGACAUAAGCGCGAACAAGAUGUCGAAAUUCGUGUAUCAAAGACUCUUCCGCCAAAGGAACGCGAGCUGCAAGACGGAGCAACGAAUAGUGGAGUGGCGACGAGUACUAAUACCAGAAGAUCGGCUAAAUCGCCGGAGAGUACUUCACGUGACCAGAGUGCUGUGUCGCGGCGACUAUUCGACAAGCUCGAUGUUUCAGAAGGACGUGACGAUGAUCAACAGGAGGAUACACUACAGGCAUUUGAUGGCUCGCAAAUGCACAAGUUUUACUCAACGCUGGCGGAGGCGGAGACCGUGCUGCCACCUGCAUCUGAGAUUGAGAACAUCUUGAGUCCUACGCCUGCUAUUCAAAGUCGAACGCGAUCGUCAAGCACAUCAAGUGUCGAAAGAGCAUCACUGCGUCACCCUGGUGCUCAAAAGCUGCAGGAAACAAAGAUCCCGAGUCCGUUGUCUCGCAGCCCGAGUUUUCUCAGAAAGAAUAGCCUCGAGUCAUCUUCCAGUGCUACUAGCUCUCCAAAGUUACGCCCGUCUUUGCUCGCUCGUCCAGGUAGCUUUACGCUCCAAGCGCGUGGAAGUAGCGGGCCCUCCACCCCUGUGGGCAGUGCGAAGUUUGAAGAGGAAAAGGCUGACACGAUACCAUUGAGCGCAAGUGACGAGUAUUUCAGCAAACCAAUUCCCAGUUCUAUUGCAUCUCUGAUACCUCCACCGCCGUCCACAGACAACGUUACUCUCCGAUCUAGACGACGAAUGUUUGUCCACCAAGAUGAAGAGCUGUACGCGCCACUGCAAACGUACACUCCGGAGAUGUCGUCCCUUGAUUUGGCAGCGUCAGAAGAAUAUAUUCAACCACAAGAAGAGGACAAACUGGAAUCAGUCGUGAACACAAGUCCAGUGGGCUACGGAGUAGCGUCAUCUCUAGAUGAAGAGCUCUACACCGAUGAAGCCGAUGUCAUUGGUCAUCUGACAGAAGGAAGUGAUCACGUCGAGUCCGACACUGAGUGGAAGCAUCGCCGUCUGGAUUACAGCGACCGUUCUGGCUCUGAGGAAGAGGGGAGCCAUCUUAAGGCGAGUUUUGUUGCGAAGAGUGAUGCAUUCCCGGAUGAAUGGCAUCUUGAUGACGGUGCCAGACACAAGUUUGGCUUUAAAGAUGAAAUUGGCGAUCAUUUGAGCGAUGAAGAGCAGGAUCAAGCUGAAGAUUUUGGUGGAGUGGAAGUUGAACACAGUCCGGUAAUGGACAUGUCGGAAAGAUCGCAAUGGGCAUCGCUUCAGAAUGUUGAAUCGUCACGACCGCAGUACUUCACGGUGCAAAGCGAUUGUAGAGAGGAAGAAGAUGCGGAACAUGAAGAGUUGAUUACGGAAAUCAUUCCCAGUGACGCGCUAGCUGGCCUGCUCAAUGUUCGCGAGGAAAUGGGCCGUCUUCGAGAAAAGACGCGAAGCGAAGAAACUGUUCAUAACUUGCCAUUCACAGCACAACACGCAACUGCCAAAAAAUCGCAGGACAGCUCGCCAGCAACGGAAAAGCGUAGCAAGGAGGAGCUGUCAUACUUUGAGCGUUUAACGCGAGCAGAUCAGUUUGCGCGAAGCCCGCAAAUAGUACCGCCUGAUGCCCCGCACGAUGAAACACGUGAGCGUAUUGAACAGAACGUGCAACUGCAGACAUUUGAGUCGGCUUUGGGUCGAGCAUCCUCUGAUGACGAGCAUGAACAGACUGACGAUGACGUGUUUUUGGCUCUCCCACCUCGUCCGACGACCGUGAAGAAGGAUGAACCGAACGCGGAACCUUUCGACUUCGCAAAGGAGCCCCAAACUGCAGAAAGCUGUAGCCCACGCUCGGAAUCAAACGCAAACACUAGAAUUCAAGCGAUUGUUCAGCGCCAAGAAUCGUACAUUGCUCAUGAUGAUCACGCCGGCCGUUUUGAUGCCGCAGAAAAGCUGUUUGCUGCUGAGGAGGUUCGUGAUUACUACGGCAGACCGCAAUCGCCCCAUGAGCAUUGUAUGGCACCGAAGCAGGAGCGUUAUGUGCAGUCUCAACCGUCCUACCCAGCGCCGACACGGAUGGGCGCGAUGCCCGCUCCCGCGAAUGAGCGGAACGUAGGGACUGAAGACGUCGGUGAUGCUCCGAAGGCUACACCUGCUGAAUGUGUGACCAAGACUGAUGAUCCAGUUGAGAAAGAAGCUCCAAAGCGAGCUCUGGAACGGAUGGACGAAGAAACUGCACCGCAGCCUGAGGAAUAUAUGGUGCCAGCAACGACCGAAGACAAGCAUGGUAUCAGCGCGGCGCCUGUCAAGACGCCACCAAAGGCUACACCUGAAAGAAAUCCGCCGACAGUUAAAUUGAGCUGGAUGUACUCCUUCGGUAUCUCGCUUAUCAUGCUGCUUUCGGCGAUUUUCUGCAUUUCUGGCAUCCUGUACGCCGCAAAGAAAGUGAGCGAGUCCCACGAGUAUCAUUUGGAUCUGAGAGAGCGUAUUGGGAGCUGGAGAAGGACUACGCUGUUUGGAGCGAAUACGUCCGCAAACUGA